GAAAACAAUAAUGAUUAAAUUAGUAUAUAAAGAGAUUGUCACUUGCACAUUUAUCAGUUCGGUAAGACAAGAGAAACAUAGACAAUAUGAAGAUCAUUUUUAUUCUCAGCUCUUUGCUGGUUUGUUUAGUACGUAUCAACUGCAUAAUCGUAGAUGACGCAGAAUCAGAACCCCCAAGAAAUGACUCAACUCUGGGCAUGGUCCAGACUAUAUGGGGACAGAGAAGCGCAGAUGAAGAUGGUGAAACAUCUGAUGACAAUGAAGACAUCCCAGUGACAAAUCUCAUGACAUCUGGAAACAACAACAGUCCUCAAAGUAAUGUAGUGCCACCCAUUUCGACUGUAGAAUCAUCAAGCACACCAAGCAGUUCUACAGAGCCAUCGAGCACGACAGCACAACCAACAAGCACCUCGGCAGAACCACCAAGCACUUCGGCAGAACCACCAAGCACCUCGACUGAACCACCAAGCACCUCGGCUGAACCAUCAAGCACCUCGGCAGAACCACCAAGCACCUCAUCGGAACCACCAAGCACCUCGGCAGAACCACCAAGCACCUCGGCUGAACCACCAAGCACCUCGGCUGAACCAUCAAGUACUUCGGCAGCACCAGCGAGCACCUCAGCUGAACCGUCAAGCACCUCGGCUGAACCACCAAGCACGUCGGCUGAACCACCAAGCACCUCGGCUGAACCAUCAAGCACCUCAGCUGAACCACCAAGCACCUCAGCUGAACCAUCAAGUACUUCGGCAGCACCAGCGAGCACCUCAGCUGAACCGCCAAGCACCUCGGCUGAACCGCCAAACACGUCGGUUGAACCACCAAGUAGUUCGGCAGAACCAUCAACCACCACUACGGCGGAGCCAUUAAAGUUGAAGACGGAGAAACCUCAGAAUGUGCAAGAUACAGCAUCAGUGCCUUCGAAACACGAUCCAACGCUGGGCCACAUUAAAACAGUAUGGGGACAAAGGCGUGACGACAAUGAAACAGAAAAUGCUUCUGGAAAUAGCAGUGGUCUUCCUAGCAAUGCUAGCCAGACUUCCAUUGACAAUAUUGGCGGAAAUGAUGUCACUACCAUCAACAGCACAGACAACAAUGGUGUUCUAGGCAAUUCUAGCAACAAUUCUGGCGGUAAUGGGGUCACUGCCAUCAACAGCACUGACAGUGUUCCAAGCAAUUCUAGUGAGAAGUCUGAUGGCAAAAACAUCACUUCUGGUUCCACUUCUACUAGUACAGGCGAACCCGUAGGUCCAAUUGGCGGUCCUAUAGGAAAAUGGCUCACGACGUUUCCAGACAAUUGCAUUGGUAGUCGCAACUGCAUGAUCGAGAAGAUUAUAGCCGCAGUGAGAAAGCUGAAAGAGAGAAGCGGCAACAGUCAGUCAGGGAACACCAUCGGACAAUUUUUGUCCAGUUUUCGAGGAACGAAAGGACUUAAACGACUGCUAAGGGGAAAAGGAAAACUAGAUUUAGGCAGGAUUCUAAGAUUGGUCAUUGUGAGAGGAGAGAUGGGUCAGUCGGCUGUAGGAGGUCAACCUUCUGGUACUGGAAAUCCAAACAGUAAACCUGCAUCUAAAGUAAAACCACAAUCUGAGUCAGUUGAAGAAAAAGAGUCUGAAGAGAAUGAAUCGGGAGAAGUAGACGAGAAUACAGGUGGGAUGGGAAAUGGACCUGCUUGGGGACGUAGGGGCAUGGCAGCAGGUAUUGGGAAUUUUAUGGGUCGGGGUCAAAAUAACAGAAGAAAGGGUGGAUCGCGUAAAAUGAAGGACAAAAAGGGUUCUAGUUUCAGUGGGAGAUUAAGGAGUAUAUUUGCUAAUUUCGGGUCUAGAAUAAGUUCUCUUAGACGAAGCGGUGGGCUGUUUAGUGGAUUGUUUCGUCGUCAAAACCAAAACCGCAAACAGUCGUCCAACGUCUUCCGUAUGAGAGGUAAUGACAAUGCUAUUUCAGGACCAAACAGAUUUGCUGUACGGAAUCCAAACAAAAGCCAAAGGAAAAGGAUGUUUAGUGGAUUAUUCAGGAACUUUUUCAACAGACGUGGUUCAGGAGAGGUUGACGAUUAGACCUACAACAAUAUCAAACAACAAGACGGAUAUACAAAUGCUUCAGUACAAAUAUGUGAUAUUAAGACAACUGGUGGGACGAAGGAAAUGUCUAAAAUAUUCCUCCGGUGCCUACAUUACAUUUACAAAGUAUUUUGACAAUGUGAACAAAGAACAACAAUUUGUGCAAUAGUUCAUUGUGAUCAUAUUUAAAAACAAUUUUAUUUUUAUAUAAAUAAAUUGUUUAAUUUUUUAA